AUGGAUGGGUGCCGCUCGGGCAGCAGCUGCUGGUCUCUGCUGGCUCUCUGCUCCACAGCCCCGGCCCUACUGAUGGAGCGGGCCUCCGCCUGCAGCUGGGACCACCAGGCCCUCUGCUACAGAGAUGAAGGCCUACGUGCCCUCUCCCAGAGCCAGCUCCACCCUCUCCUGGGCGCGCUGCACCUGCCAGGCCGACCCCUACAGCCGCGGCCUCACACCCAGCUGGAGCACUUCCUGCCGCUCAGGGUCAACAGCUCCUCGCCGCUCAGCCUCUUCCCCAACUUCAGCGCGAUGGACCCAGUGCAGAAGGCAGUGAUCAACCACACCUUUGGCGUGGCUCCACCCAAGAAGAAACCCAUCAUCUCCUGCAACAUCUGUCACCUGCGCUUCAACUCCACUACUCAGGCAGAGGCCCACUACAAGGGUCACAAGCAUGCUCGCAAGCUGAAGGCCCUGGAGACGCAGAGGAACCGGCAGAAGAACGGACAGAACCCAUCCAUAACUGGAAAAGACAGAGACCGAGAGAAGGGGCUGAUGGGAGGAGGAGCGCAGCCCACCAACUCAAAUUUAAAAGACAUAACGGGCCCAAGUACCUCCUCCCAACCUGCAGAGCAGCAACCAGAAACCGUGCCGGAGAGCCCACUGGUUCCCUCUCCGUCCUCACAGCUCUUACCCACAGACUCCUCCUCACUCGGGUCUCCUCAGCUGUCUCCACAAAUCUGCGCCGACUCUCAGCUUCCUGGUCUACCUUCUGACAGUCCUCCAGUGGAGGAGUGCAGCCCGGCGUCCGGUUCAGCCCCUCAACCUGACCCUCAGGGGAGCUCCACGGGAGGUGAGAAGGAGGUGGUGGGGAAGGUGGAAGAGACUAAGGAGGCCAAGAGCGACAAAAAACCUCUUCACUGUCCUACGUGCAAAGUGACGGUCAAUUCGAGCUCACAGUUGGAGGCUCACUGUAGUGGUUCUAAGCACAAACAGAUGCUUGAUGGUCACAAGGGCAGCCAUUCACAACGCAGGGUCCGGAUGUCAUCAUCACCCAGGCCCACCAGUCGAAUUAAGCAGCGAAUGGGCAGCAAGCCCAGAGCCUUGGUGGGUGUAUCCAGCCAGCCUUUUCACUGUGAAAUGUGCCAGGUGUCCGUCAACUCAGAGACACAGCUGAAGCAGCACAUGAGCAGCAGGAGACACAAAGAGCGUUUGGCUGGGAAGCCUGUCAAGGCGAAGUUCACCCCUUAUAAUAAACUACAGUCCAGUGCUAUCUUAGCGACUAAACUGGCCCUGCAGAAGCACUUUUCCAAGGCCCUGCCGGCGGGGUUCCUGGCAAACCACCUCAAUCAGGCUGCUUUGUGCUCCAUGGCUUCUGGAACCUUGGGACUUCGCCUGCCGCAGGGGCCCACAGCCAUCAUCCACGGUCCCCUGAUCAGCCCGACACUCUUCAGGCCUGCCCCAGGACCUCUGAGGGCCACACAUACACCUAUUAUCUUCUCUCCUUACUAGCAAUGAGCCACGCUAGGUUGGAGGACUUACAGUAGAGUGGACAUUACCUAGCCAAAGCUGGACUAGCAGGAAAGACAAGCAUGGUCGGUGAGGAUAAGGUACGGGACCCCCUAAUGGACACCGGGACACAACGCAGAACGCGCUGGCAGCAUAUCAACAUGUCAUGUUUGGCAGGUUUUAGUCAUAAGAACAGUAUGCCCACUCCCUAGUGUGGAUUGAUACUUCAGUACUGACUGACCAUAUUGUCUCCUCUUUCAAAAUGGACGGACCAUCACUCAGCUGUUUCCCCUCGACUUUGUGUUGAGUGCAUGAUCCCUGGGGUCUGGACCUCUCUGGAAGCCAUAUUGACAAGCAUCUUUUAGUUUUAUUUAUAAGAUAAUCCUAGACUAAUACAAUAGCGUGAGUAAAUGUAAUUAAGUGUUUGUUGCCAAAAUUCUUUAAAUUUCAGAGCUUUCUAAUUUUACUCUGGGAGAACAAGUACAGUACUUCAUUCCUGCUUUAGUCUUCAUAACCAAAAUCAAGAAAAAAUACAGUUUGCUAAUGAAAUGACAAAGGAGAUUGAUUGCUGAGGAUAUUGCUUCUAAGUAAAUGUACAUGUCUACAGCCAUUGUCUGAAAUGUAUGUGUUUCUUUAUAAUUUAUUUAAGAUAAAUACAUUCAUUUCUCUGUCUGUUUCUCUCUUGCUCUCUGUGUUAUGAGGUGACAAUCAACGACCACCCUGAUAUGAUGCCAAGAAUUCUCGCCAUAUGGAAAUACAUUCAAGACUUGUUUUUCGUUAAAGUUAUAAGAUUAAAAACUUGUGUGAAUAAAUAAUGUUCAGCAACAGCUUGAUGCUGCGCAUAUGAACAGACUCGCUGAUGUGUGCUGUUGCCCAAAAUGUAAAUCAUGUAUCCACAAGUUAUUUAAUGUGUCUUUGAUGUCUUUAUUAAAUCUGUUAUUUUUGUAAGAGAAUUGUAUUAAAAGUCAAUCUUCUUUUACUUUAGAAAUCCCCUCCCAUCUGAUUGUGUUGUUAAAUCAUUUUAAGCAAUAUUUUUGUUUUGAAUUGCCCCUCGGUCAAAUGUAUGAAUAGUGUAAGUGUGCAUCAAUUGCAAUAAUGUAAAUGAUUAUGUGGAAAAAAAUGUCAAUACUGUAUUCUAUAUGAACUUAUAAAUGGUACUGUCUUUUUUA